UUGCUAUUACGUAGCUGUGUCUUAGCCAAAGACAUCUUCGUUUUUGAUAUCCCUGUCUGAAUGUGGUAGGAUAUACCUAGUAAUAACUAGAGAAGUAUUUGAUCAUGCAUCGUGUCCAGAGAUAGCUACACAGAAGGGGAAUUUUAGAAAAGUGAAGCUGGAAGAUCUCUGAUCAAGAGAAGUGUAAACAUGUUGUGUUGGGGAAACGCGUCAUUUGGACAGCUUGGAUUGGGUGGAAUUGAUGAAGAGAUUGUUUUAGAACCCCGCAAAAGUGUCUUUUUCUUAAAUAAAAGGGUCCGAGAUGUGGGCUGUGGACUCAGACAUACUGUUUUUGUCCUGGAUGAUGGGACAGUUUAUACAUGUGGCUGCAACGAUCUAGGACAACUAGGGCACGAGAAAGCCAGGAAGCGACCUGAGCAUGUUGGUGCACUGGAUGCCCAAAAUAUUGUAGCUGUAUCAUGUGGAGAAGCUCACACGCUCGCAUUAAAUGACAAGGGUCAGGUAUAUGCAUGGGGUUUGGCUACUGAUGGACAGCUUGGCUUGCCUGGAACAGAGGAGUGCGUCAGAGUACCCAGAAAUAUUAAAAGCUUAUCAGAGAUCCAAAUUGUGCAAGUUGCUUGUGGUUAUUAUCACUCACUUGCACUCUCAAAAGGUAGUGAAGUGUUUUCCUGGGGACAAAAUAAAUAUGGCCAGCUGGGUUUAGGUUAUGAAUAUAAAAAGCAAACAUCACCACAUGUAAUUAAGUCUCUGCUGGGAAUCCCUUUUGCACAAAUUGCAGCAGGAGGAGCUCAUAGUUUUGUACUAACUCUUUCUGGAGCCAUUUUUGGAUGGGGACGAAACAAAUUUGGACAGUUGGGUCUUAAUGAUGAUAAUGACAGAUAUGCUCCUACUCUGUUGAAGUCGUUGAGAACUCAGAAAGUUGUUCAUAUAUGUUGUGGAGAAGAUCAUACUGCUGCUCUUACAAAGGAAGGUGGGGUUUUUACAUUUGGAGCUGGAGGCUAUGGUCAGUUGGGUCAUAACUCUACCAGCCAUGAGAUAAACCCAAGGAAGGUUUUUGAACUUAUGGGAAGUGUUGUUACACAAAUCACUUGUGGAAGGCAGCACACUACUGCAUUUGUUCCUUCAUCUGGAAGAAUAUAUUCUUUUGGACUUGGAGGUAAUGGGCAGUUAGGUACAGGAACAACAAGUAAUAGGAAAAGUCCGUUCACAGUAAAAGGAAACUGGCUUCCUUACACUAAUCAAUGCCCACUAACUGCAGACAGUGAGGAAUUUUACUGUGUAAAGAAAAUUUUCUCUGGUGGGGACCAAAGUUUUGCACACUACUCUAAUCCACAGAAUAUGGUACCACCAGAUGAUUUUAGGUAUCCUGACUUUUUGAAGCAGAUUUGGACUGUGAAUGAAGCAUUUAUUCAGAGGUUGUUGACUUUCCCAUCUGGAAGACUUCCUGCAGAGAUAGCUAAUGAAAUCGAUGGAACGUUUUCCUCAGCUGGGUGCCUGAAUGGGAGCUUUUUGGCUUUAAGCAAUGACGAUCACUACAAAACCAGCGCUCGAUUCUCAGGGGUUGAUAUGAAUGCUGCUAGACUUCUAUUUCACAAACUUAUACAGCCUGACCAUGCUCAUAUAUCACAACAGGUUGCAGCUAGUUUGGAAAAGAACCUCAUUCCCAAAUUGACAAGCUCCUUACCAGAUGUUGAAGCCUUGAGGCUGUAUCUCACACUACCAGAGUGCCCACUGAUGAGUGAUGCAAAUAAUUUUACAACGUUAGCUAUUCCUUUUGGAGCAGCUAUUCUGAACCUAGAAAAAGCUCCUCAAAAAGUUCUUGAAAACUGGUGGUCUGUACUUGAACCUCCUUUGUUCCUCAAGAUAGUGGAACUCUACAAGGAUGUCCGAAUAUUCACCAACUUUCUACACACGGCUUUCAGAGUUCUGGAAAUUCUGCAUAAAGUAAAUGAAAGAGGACAAGUUAUACAGUAUGACAGAUUUUAUAUUCAUGAGAUACCAGAUUUGAUAGAUAUCAGAAAUGACUAUUUCAACUGGGUCCAGCAGCAGGUAUUUGGAAUGGAUGUCAACCAUGGAUUAACUGAGUUAACAGAUAUUCCUGUUACAAUUUGCACAUACCCAUUUGUAUUUGAUGCCCAAGCAAAGACAACUCUCUUGCAAACAGAUGCGGUCAUACAGAUGCAGAUGGCUGUUGAUCAGGCUCACAGGCAGAAUUUAUCGUCUCUCUUUCUGCCUGUGUUUGAAUCUGUCAACCCGUGCCUGAUAUUAAUGGUGAGAAGAGACAAUAUUGUGGGAGAUGCUGUGGAAGUCCUAAGGAAAACUAAGAACGUAGACUACAAGAAACCACUCAAGGUUAUUUUUGUAGGGGAAGAAGCAGUUGAUGCUGGAGGUGUUCGCAAAGAAUUUUUUUUGCUUAUCAUGAGGGAGCUGCUAGAUCCCAAAUAUGGCAUGUUCAGAUAUUACGAAGAGUCGCGACUGAUCUGGUUCUCUGAUAAGACUUUUGAAGACAGUGACUUGUUCCAUUUGAUUGGUGUUGUCUGUGGCCUAGCAAUAUAUAAUUUUACUAUCGUGGACCUUCAUUUCCCUUUGGCUUUGUACAAAAAGCUGUUGAAUAAAAAGCCAUCACUGGAUGAUUUAAAAGAGCUGAUGCCAGAUGUUGGCAGGAGCAUGCAACAGUUACUGGACUAUCCGGAGGAUGACAUAGAGGAAAUAUUUUGUCUUAAUUUUACUAUCACUGUGGAAAAUUUUGGUACAACAGAAGUUAAAGAGCUUGUUCCUAAUGGUGCUGACAUUCCUGUAGUCAAACAAAAUAGGCAAGAUUUUGUGGAUGCGUAUGUGGAUUACAUCUUCAAUAAAUCAGUGGCUUCCUUAUUCAAUGCAUUCCAUGCAGGCUUCCACAAAGUGUGUGGAGGCAAAGUUCUUCAGCUCUUCCAGCCCAGUGAGUUGCAGGCAAUGGUGAUUGGGAACACAAAUUAUGAUUGGAAGGAGUUGGAGAAGAAUACAGAAUACAAAGGAGAAUAUUGGGCAGACCAUCCUACAAUUAAAAUAUUCUGGGAGGUUUUUCAUGAGUUGACCUUGGAGAAGAAAAAGCAGUUUCUGUUGUUUCUGACAGGCAGUGAUCGUAUUCCAAUUCUUGGAAUGAAGUGUCUUAAACUAGUCAUCCAACCAACAGGAGGUGGAGAAGGUUAUCUUCCAGUAGCUCACACUUGCUUUAAUCUUCUUGAUCUUCCAAAAUACACAGAUAAAAAAACCCUAAAAUCUAAGCUGAUCCAGGCUAUAGAUCACUAUGAAGGUUUCAGUCUAGUAUAACUUCAGAAAUGAGAGUUCUGUGUAAUGUGGGAUCAUUAAACUAACUUUUUUGUCUUUCUUGUGGUGGUAAAUUCAGUGGAUUAGAUGAUGGAGAUGAUAAUAUAACUGAUUAUUUGCAAAAUGUUCAGUGGUAUGGAUAUUCAUGGGAGCCAAAAA